CGAGCGACCAUUGCUCACUACCGCCGCGCGUCAGCGAACUGCAGCAGAACCGCACGCCUCCAAAGACCGGAAUAUACCGCAAGUGGACAGAGACGGCUGCUGCGUCCGAAGUGAGGUUUCCGAGAGAAAAGAAAGCCGACAACAGCCGGAGAGAGUGAAGUUGCAGCGCCGGAAAGACAAGACUUUGUUUUUUUUUUUAGCUCGGUGGUUUAGUUUCUAGCGAAGGAGAUUUUCACCAGCGACUCCUCCGGCUUCACAGUUUCCUCCCCCCCGAAACUCAGCCAAAAUACUUCAACUCUCGCUCUCACCGGAGGAUAUUACCGCACUUUUGGGGUCAUUUCUCUCUCGUAGCCCAGCCGUGUCCAGCCUGGAUAAAACUUUACUGUGGAUGAGCCUCUCAGAGGGACAGUUGGCUGCAGUUGAAUAUCUUCAGUAGGACCAUGUGGCAGAAUUUGCUUACAGGGGUACACAAGCCCCUCUGAAGCUGCUGUGAAGCUUUGUGCAGACCCAUCAAGACUACAAGAUGACUGCAGCGUUUUCCUCCGAAGUCAAAACGCACCUUAUCAGAAGUAUCCGACGGCUGAUCAUCAAAGGCGUCCCAAAACAAAGACUUGGAUUGUAGUUUUUUCUGUGUUGACUUUUUUUUUUUUUCCUGGAAAAACCAAGUAGCAGAAAAAGUGAGAGGGCCUUCUACAUGAGGUGCAGAAAUGGACUAGAAGCCCAUGUGUAGCAGGGCAGCUGCUGCAGCUCGUGGAAUAACUUAGCCCCAGACUGUUGGGGAGUCACUCCUUCAGGGGCAGAGGGAUCUGAUCCCAGCACCAACAACCCUCCCCACCUGUCGUCGUCUGGCUAUCCAACCUGUCUAAAGGCAGACCCCACUAUCCAAUGGCAUGGGUCAAGUUCUUCAGGAAGCCAGGGGGCAAUCUGGGGAAAUCGUACCAGCCUGGGAGCAUGCUGUCUCUGGCCCCAACCAAAGGACUGCUGAACGAGCCGGGCCAGAACAGCUGCUUCCUCAACAGUGCUGUGCAGGUACUUUGGCAGCUGGACAUCUUCAGACGCAGCUUGAGGCAGCUACCUGGACACUUCUGUCUGGGAGAAUCAUGCAUCUUUUGUGCUUUAAAGGGUAUUUUCUCCCAGUUCCAGCACAGUCGGGAGCGCGCCCUGCCCUCUGACAACCUGCGUCACGCCUUGGCAGAGACCUUUAAGGACGAGCAGCGCUUCCAGCUGGGCUUCAUGGACGAUGCCGCAGAGUGCUUUGAGAACAUACUGGAGAGGAUCCACCUGCACAUUGUGCCGGAGGAGACAGACGCCUGCACUUCAAAGUCUUGCAUCACGCAUCAGAAGUUUGCCAUGUCACUGUAUGAGCAGUCUGUGUGCCGUAGCUGUGGGGCAUCCUCCGACCCACUGCCGUUUACAGAGCUGGUGCAUUAUGUCUCCACCACCGCACUCUGUCAACAGAUGCUUCAACGCAGACACGAGUCAUUUGGGGAACUGUUACAAGCAGCAAGUACGAUUGGGGACCUUCGCAACUGUCCAAGCAACUGUGGGCAGAGGAUCAGGAUCAGACGAGUCCUCAUGAACUCCCCAGAGAUAGUUACCAUAGGCUUCGUCUGGGACUCUGACCAGUCAGACCUCACAGAGGACGUUAUCCGAUCGCUGGGGCCCCAUCUCAGUCUUUCUGCACUCUUCUACAGGGUGACAGAUGAGCAUGCCAAAAAGGGAGAGCUGCAGCUCGUGGGGAUGAUCUGCUACUCCAGUCGCCACUACUGUGCCUUCGCCUUCCACACCAAGUCCUCCAAAUGGGUCUUCUUUGAUGACGCCACAGUGAAAGAGAUCGGCUCCAGGUGGAAAGAUGUGGUCAGCAAAUGUAUCAAAGAUCACUUCCAGCCUCUCCUCCUCUUUUACUCCAACCCCGACGGCAGCGCUAUCACCGCAGAUGAUGCCUCAAGACAAAACAGCAACCAUUCUCAACACAAGACCCCAAUCAAUGGAGAAGUGCAAAGCUUUGAUUCUCCAGUUAUAGCUCCCAAGAAGCUGGACCUCACCAGGGAGAAUCUGAACACUCUGCUGGGUCAAGGCUCUUUCAAACAGAAGACCCCUUCAACCUUCAGCAGGGGCAGUGCUCAGACCAGUGGAGGGCGGGGACCAGUGAAAAUUGGCACGAGCGAUCCCAAGAGUCGCUUCAGGGACAUUUCUCGAGAAGUUGCCCAGAGAGCAGGAGAGGUGCGUGGGAUGCAUCCAUCCAGAAGAGAGCCUGACAGGAGCGGUCAACGGAGGCUGGAGUCACGCUACAGAGAUCCAGGUCAGGACAGGACCUACUCCCGCUCUGCCUCCCCUCCGGAGAAUGGCUUCAAACAACACCUGGAAACUCGGCUGUACAGCAGCCAAGGAAAAGGUCCCAGUCGGACUGAGCGAACACCUCACCUUGGUGGACGGUCCUCACAUGAGCCCCCUCGCUCUCACACGAGGGUCCAGGUGUUGCCGAGCGUGCCCAGCAACAGCAGUGGUCACCGCAGCCGGAGAUUAGACCAGCUCUCCAACGGAUACGAUACUGACAGCAGCCAAGACUCCCGAGAGCGUCCUGGAAGUGGGGGGAACAGCCGCAGCAGGUCCAGCCGCCCGUGGAAGCCCAUGCGAGAAGCGCUAAAUGUGGACAGCGUUUUAAGUGGCAGCAGCGGUGGUAAUUCGAUAAGUCAAGAGCGAAGGCAGCACAGCCCCCGGAGAAGACCCAGUAGUCAGUCGCCCUCCCGUGACCGAGAGCAGGACAGAGAUUUUACGUGGGGAGGCCGAGAAGAACGCAAACCCAAGAGCCUAAUGACUAUCUAUGAGGAUGAGCAGAGGCACGAAACUGGCGGCAGCCGGAGCUCCCUGGACUCAGAUGGCCGGGGCGGCUACAGCGACAAGGACCGGUCAAAGGGCUCAGCAACUCUGAAAGUCCGGAAUGACAACUGGAAGAUCCAGCGAACUGAAUCUGGUUAUGAAAGUAGUGACAGACUAAGCAACGGCUCAGCAAAUCUUGACUCACCUGUGGUGGAGAACCUCUCUUCCAAGGACCUGCGGCCCAUACCUGAGCUGCACCUGACAAGGGAUCACUUCCCUCAGAGAAGAAGUGAUGAUUUGAAUGCUGACAUAUUGCACCCUACAUUUUCCACUGGUGAACAAGGAAGAAAAUCUCCAGAUCUACAAGACGCAAACAUCCUGUCUGGUCAGCCAAUACACAGAAGAAGAGCCUUCCGAUACACUCCUGGGAUCCUGGAAAAGAACAAUGGUCUGGACAAUGAACGAGAGGAAGAUGUGGACGGCAGCCCUGUGAGCCCUGUGCCUCCUUACUUGGCAAAGACCAGCAGCUCUGAGUGGAACAGCUCAGAUGACCUUGCUGGACCUUUCUCUGAACAAGAAGAGACUGGCACUGUUGCCUACGGUGACCCUUUCUCGCACAACUAUCCCCCACCUUUACCCCCCAAGACCUUUGGCAGCAGCCACGCUGACCCAUCUGGCGUUCACUCCCAACCGCCGGAGGUGCCAUCACGGUCGAGCCCCCGCAAUGAACCCAAAAAUGGCUUGUCCCCCCUCUCGCACACCACCCUCCGUCGGUGGAUUGAGACACCUGCCGAGCACAGGCUUUCAUCAGAUGCCAGCUCCAAGUCGGGGUCGUUGGACCAGGACAGGAACGAUCUGUCGGCCAGCGAUUGUGACGAGAGGUUACCCAGUCCAAAGCCCGGACACGAGGACGGUACAGACUCCCCUGGCCUGACAGAUAUGGUCCUUCCCACCACCUACUUUUCUGUGGAUAACUGUAUGACGGACACUUACCGGGCCAAGUAUCACAAGAGGCCUGCCUUGUACAUGAAAGCAGAGGAUCAUACAUCAUCAGGGGAGAGUGAUGUUGAAGGGAGGGGGCUCCCUUUGCCAGAUGUUCAGCCACCAGAGCCUUCCAAAAGCAGAUCAGAAUCAGGAUAUUCUACAACGAAGACCACUGCAAAGUGGAACCCAGUUACUCCAAAGGGACUUGAUGAGCAUGGUUACCUAUGAUUUUAAUAAAAGCAUCAAUAGACCAUGUCUGAUCCAGUGACUGGAUGCCAAAAUGAACUGUUAUACACUAUGACUGCUACACAGUUUGAGUCCUAACUGAGAUUUGAGUAUAUAUACUUUUGUCAUAAAAGAAAGUUGGACAUAAAACUGGAUGCUGAAGAGAUUGUAAAAAGAAUGGCAGGUGUCCUUUAAAGCUACAGUAUCACUGUUCUGGUUUGGAAGUUUUGAAUGAAUAGUGAAUUUGCACAGUCGAGAGCAGGUACCGAGAAAGAAACACAUUUGCUGUUGAUCAUGUUGGACUUUUGGAGCAACAAAAGCAAAGGGUUGGGUUAGUCACAAAUGUUUCCGAAAACAAGCCACUUUACCACAUGAGAUUAUUUUACAUGAAGAAAUAACCGAUGUCUUGCAGUACUGCUUUCUCUUACUCCAUGGAAGCUUUUACUUCUUGAAUUACUCCCGUUUCAGUGUUAUGAGGUGUCUGCUCCAGUUCUAUCUGUUCUUGACAUUCGCACCUUUCAGUGGGUUUUAAAGGUUCUUGUAAUAUUCAGAACAUGGGUUUUUUUUGUAAAUUUUGGAAAGUAAUUCAAAAUUUUGGGCACUCUUAAACUUAAAAAUGGAUCCCAAGGAUCUGUGUGAAUGUGACACUCCAGGACACCCACAUUGGUUUUUGGCUGAUGAGACCUCUUCGCAAGACUCAGAUUCUUCUUGGUACAAGGAGUUUAUUGACCUCCGCAAACAACACGCAUAGCUUUUUCUUUUGUCUUUUUCCCUUUUUCUUUUGUCCAACCUUCAAGCAGUGAAGGUCUAACAUACCAAAAUAUCUCUUGCCACCAGUGUAGGUGUCCAGGGGCUAUAAGGCAAUGAAUUAAUAUGUCAAAUUGAUUGCUGUUGGUUGAAAAGUAUCUGGCACAUAAAAUUGAGGCAUGUUCUUAGCUCCUCACAAACACCCCUGCACGCAUCCCUUCAUCCUUACGCAUUUACUGUAUUUUUUAUGUCUUUGCACUGUAUUUCUGGUUGAUUAUUUUACUUUCCACACUCCUUGCAGUCGUAAACUUCAGUUUUCUCUUAGCUGAAUCAGUUUUUUUUUCUGUCCUGUUUCUUAAAAGUAGCUCCGAUUAGCAGCAAGUCUGCACUGACAGGACAUCUAGAGUUAGACAGGGCUUGCUUUUGAGGGGGGUUAUUAUAUAUAUAUAUAUAUAUAUAUAUAUAUAUAUAUAUAUAUAUAUAUAUAUACACAUACAUACAUACACAUAUAUAUGUGUAUAUAUAUAUAUGCAACAGACUCUAAUGCACAGUGCCUUUUGUAUUUUUCUAUGUCAUGACAAGGAUAAAUUAGAGCCAUGGUUUGUACAAUUCUUUGAUUUUAAAGAAUUUUUGUAACAUUUAAUUUUAUUUUUAUUGAUUAACAAUUGUUAAAUAAAUGA